AUGGAAAAUCUUGCUGGACCAUCGUUUCCCCGUUCCUCAUUGCGAUUUCAAGUCGUCCUGCACCUGGACAAUUGGCUGACUCCCGCUUUAGCUGCGGUUGUGCUAUUUCUGCUAUUGGUGAAGCCUUACUUCCAUCGCUAUCCACCAGGCAUUGCGUUGGGUGAAUUUCUUCUGAUGCUGCUACAUCCGCCGGUGCAAGCGCUUCGAAGUUGGUUUGGGACAGCUGGGAACAAGCAAGAGCGUGCUGCUUUCAUGGCAGUUUUUUUGGCCUUAAGCGUAUGGACUGUGCUGGUGGUUGGCUAUUUCUUCCUCUUGCAGACCUGCGCCAUCUACUUAGAAAGCAUUUUGGCUGGUGGCGCGCUGAUUCUGGCCAUCUUGGAAAUUCUGGAGGGUGGUUUGGCCGGCAGUUUGUUUUGCGAUGGUUUCUGGGAGUUUGGCAUGGUCUUCAUCGGCUUUGUGGCUUCAGCAAGCAGCGUGGCCCUUCUGGUGAAUUUGUGGCCGGAAAAUGCCCUGCUCUUCGGGUGA